AUGCUUAUUUCCAAGGAGAACAGAAAAGCCAUUUUUUCGGCUAUUUUCAAGGAUGGUGCUCUCGUUGCCCCUAAGGACUUCAACCUUGCCAAGCAUCCCGAUAUUGAUGUUCCUAACCUUGAAGUCAUUAAAGCUAUGCAAUCCUUGACUUCCAAGGGUUUCGUCAAGACUCAAUUCUCUUGGCAAUGGUUCUACUAUACCCUUACUGAUGAGGGUAUUGAUUAUCUCCGUGAAUAUCUUCACUUGCCUCAAGAAAUUGUUCCUGCUACCUUGAAGAAGACUGUUCGUCCUGCUGCUCCUCGUCGUAACUUUGGUGGUGAUCGUGAAAACCGUGGUCCUCGUGGUGAUCGUGAUAACUACAGACGCAAGGAAGGUGCCAGCGGUGAUUUUAAGCCUGAAUUCCGUGGUGGCCUUGGUAAGUUAUACUGA